AUGUAUCUUCUGGUGAGGAUGUGAAACAGAUUCCAAUCAACAGCUGACAUCCUCCAUUUUGAAGGAAGUUUUCCUACUACAUGUAAAAGAACUAAGUAACCAUGGAUCCCCGCCACAGUGCCCAGGAUGUGAUAAGAUGUGACCUAUGUGAGACAGCUAAAGUACAGAUGUACUGUGAUUUCUGUCAUGUCAGCCUUUGUAAACCCUGUAUUGGAGAACACAUUGCUGAUGAAUAUGACAAACAUAAAAUUGUCCCAUACCAGCAAAGAAAGUCAACCUUGAUCUAUCCAAAGUGUGCAACACAUCCAACAAAAACCUGUGAUUUACAAUGCAGGGAAUGCAACAUUCCUGUUUGUUCUUUAUGCUCCGCAUCACAACAACAUAAAGGGCACAGUAUUUUAGUCCUCUUUGAAAUUUACAAUGCAAAGAAAAAUGUCAUUGCAAAAGAUACAAUGGAAUUACAAAACAUUAUCUCUCCAGCAUAUAAAGAAAUUGCAAAAGGCAUUGAAACUCAGAUAGCUAACCUGGAUGGAGAGUAUAAUAAACUUACAACAGCAGUGACAGAACAUGGAGAACAAUGGCACAGAGAAAUUGACAAUGUCAUUAGUGCAAUGAAAAAAGAAAUUAAUGAUUUUAAAACAAAACACCUUGAUAUUCUGAAGACAUAUGAUGUAGAAAUCAAACAAAUACAAUCUCUUGUUGAAGAAAGUCUGCUAAACUUGAAUAAAAUUGAAGGAUCAAAUGAAGUGUCUAUGACCAUAGAGUACAGCUCAAGAAACAAAGAAUUCAGCAAAUUCCCUCUCGAACUUCAGGUAUCACUGCCCAUGUUUAUUUCAAAGCCAAUAAAUAGAGGACUGCUUUAUGACUUGUUUGGGUCUCUUGAAGCAUUGUCUAGCACAACAGAAAAAAAUAGCUAUAUACUGAAGAAACCAGAGACACCAACCGGAAAGCUGCUGGAAGAACCAGAACUUAUCACUGCCAUAGAUACUGGAUAUAAAACACUGCAAAGUGUUUCCUGUGUCAGUGAAGAGGAAAUCUGGACAAAUGCAUAUGAAGUCAGUGAUAUGAAAUGCUUUAAUAUACACGGUUCACUUAUCAAAUCAAUUAAAACAAAAUCAGGGGAAAUGCCAAAUGAUAUAGCGGUGACAGGUGCUGGGGAUCUAGUGUACUCUGACUGGAAAACAAGGACUGUGAAUAAAGUGAAGAAUGGACAGACAGAGGAGGUUAUCAGACUACAGGGCUGGGUACCUACACAACUAUGUGUCACCUCCUCCAGUGAUCUCCUCAUUACCAUGUGUAGCAAUGAUGAAACACAAUCCAAGGUUGUCCGUUACUCAGGCUCCACAGAGAAACAAACAAUCCAGUUUGAUCAUGAGGGUAAGCCUCUGUAUUCUGGUAAUUAUGAAACGAAGUACAUUGAUGAGAACAGAAAUUUUGAUAUUUGUGUAGCUGACUUAGGAGCUGGUGCUCUAGUGGUAGUCAACCAGACUGGAAAAUUUAGAUUUAAAUACACUGGUCAUCCUUCUGCUACAAAGAACAAACCAUUUGAACCUUAUGGCAUCACAACUGACAGCCAGAGUCAGAUCCUGACGGCAGACCAUUUUAACCACUGUAUCCACAUCCUAGACCAGGAUGGAGUGUUCCUCCAUUACAUAAGUAACUGUGACAUGAAGAAUCCAUAUGGUUUAUGUGUGGACAAAAAUAACAAUUUGUUUGUUGCAGAGUGGAGAGGAAGUGUUAAGAAAAUUAAAUAUCUUGUAUUUUAGUGUUUUUUAUUUACC